UAACGUAGGAACAAAGGUUUUGUGCGCAUGCGCACUGCGGGAAGACGAGGAAGUUGACGCUGAUUUUCCAUCAAUGUAAACAUUGUAGAUGUGGCAGCACAGAGCAGCAGGAUAACAACAUUUAUUGUUUUUACUGUACCGUAAGUUCAGCAGCUCCUGUGCCAUAAUGAAGGCAGCUAGAAGCAAUAUGUUGGGUGCUGGACCAUCUAACAACAAGGUCAAGUAUUCACGGCUGGCUGCUGAUGAGGAUGGCUACAUAGACUUACAGUUCAAGAGAAGUCCACCAAAGGUCCCCUACAAGGCGAUUGCACUGGCAAUAUUCCUGUUUCUGAUUGGCUCCUUACUGAUAAUCUUUGGGGCCCUUCUUCUGGCAGGAACCAUACAGGUCGAGCAUCCAGACCGCACCAUUCCUGUCAUCAUCAUAGGGCUGCUCGUUUUCCUUCCUGGAUUCUACCAUUUGAGAAUUGCCUACUAUGCUGCCAAAGGUUACCGGGGAUACUCAUACGACGACAUCCCAGAUUUUGGUGACUGAAUCAAAUGACAGCUGCUGAUUGGUGGAGAAUCCCCUCUUGUGUUUGCCACACUGUGCAUCCCGAGAAUGUUGCCUGCUGUUUACUUUGCUGAAUGAAUGUAGGAAAAAAAGACUACCUGUUUCUUCACAGGUGCACUGUUUUUACCAGUUUUGCUGUUUGUUUGUUUUUUUAAUAAUUCUGUCUUAUUUAUCCUCUGCUCUGUGCUGUAUCAGCCUACACACAUUUAGCUUGACAGACCUGAGAGGCUUUAGAGAUUCAAGUUUAUUGACAGUGAACUAAGCAUGCAGUGAGUAGAGGAUGCACAGCACGGCUACAUUUUACUGUUGCACAGUAUUUGCCACUCAAGAAAGUAAUGAAACCAAACCUUGGUGAGUGAAUGGUGAAACAUUUUUGGAGCCUACACAGAUGCCUUCAGCUUACUACUGCUAGAAAGUCCUUGAUCUGGAUGACUGAGAAUCUUUGUGCUUAUUGCACAGCCGUACAGUAUAUCUUAAACUCAUAUUUAUUGGUGACUGUAGUCUAUAACCAUGGAAAGCUUGUAUUUCUGCUGAAGGAUUAUAUUUGCAGUACUAUCCAAAGAUUGGUUACCUUGUCAUAGUACAGUAUAUUUUUGAAUGAAAUGUAUUACUUACUGUAAGUAGAAGUAUUGUGCAUAUUCAUUUGAUUUUAAAAUGUCAAAGGGAGAUUUAUUUUUACAUACAUUUGCUUGAUUGAAACAAAAUGAAAUAAAAUGAAAAAUCGCAACUUGAA